AUGUGCUACUACGGCAGCUACUAUGGUGGCCUGGGCUAUGGCUAUGGUGGCCUAGGCUGUGGCUAUGGCUGUGGCUAUGGCUAUGGUGGCUAUGGCGGCUAUGGUGGCUAUGGUGGCUAUGGUUAUGGCUGUUGCCGCCCCCUGUGCUGUAGAAGAUACUGGUCCUAUGGCUUCUACUGA